AAGUCUUUCUUGCAGCGGUGCGCUAAAGAAAAUUUAAGAAUAGAAAAGUCAAACGAUAUGCCUGCCUCUCGAUUGCACAAAAAAAGGGAUCCGUGAUAGACGUGAAGGACGACGCAUUUCAUGCAUUUGCUGUGUGCCUACGAUUCGAGACAGUUUGUGUAAACCAAACACUAAUUGGUGUGAACGUACCGUGUGCAUGUGAUGAAGAGUAACAGAACGCAGUGAAGAAAUGUAAAACCCAUUUUAUUCGAAAAACCAAUUAAAGGGAAGCAUAACAAGCAAACAGAGCAAGUACGUACGUGCAACGACUUAACGUUCCUGCUGGAAGGCUACCACCGUGCUGUCCUUUCGCCGGUAAAGGAUACACGGAUGGCAACUGUGAAUGCCAGUUUUACAAUCUCCCCUGCGUUGGAUACACAUUUCCGGUCGGAAUCGGAUUAAUGCUUCCCCGGGAAAGAGCCGAUCGCACUAACCGUGUUCCACUUCCUGUAUUUUAGUCACGUGUGUAUCGAGAUCCUGAAAACGAAACACAAAGUGUAUGCGCGAGUGUAGCCACCGCAAUGGCUGUUGCAAUCUCUUGAGUUGCCCGAGUAUUCGGUUGGGAUCGGAAAAGCGCCCGUGUGCCUUUUGCAGUAUCGAUUUUCUUUCCUUUCCCGAAGGGAUCUUAGUGUAUUCUUCGUUUUUCCAGAAGAAAGAAAAAAAAGAAACGUACCGAAAGUUUUCCUGUGUUCACCAUCACCGCGGGUGGUGUGUGUGCGUGUGUAUGUGUGCACGCGAUAAGGUGAACCGAGUGAGUGGAUAAAAGUGAAGCAUAUGCCAUAAAAUACCACUAAAAGUACGGAAAAUCUAACACGCGUGAGGUAUAGUGUGCAGUUCUACGGUGUUAGUGCACGGAGUUUUGUUUUUCAUUAUUGUUUUUCUCAUUACAUUUUGUUGUUCUUUUGGUGCGCCUGUGUCUGUGUCUGUGUGUGAGGAAAAAGGAAUUAGAAAGCAGGAAAACUACACGAUCGUUUUCCUUCCAUACGAUACGGUUCCCAUCUGUGAGGAAAAUCUAUUGGUCAAAGGUUUUUUUUUUGUUUGCGGUCGUUACAUAUUGUUUCCGCUCACGUACCCUAGAGGGCGCACACGGUGAAACAAUAUCGGUUAAGAGCGAUAAAUCUAGUGAAAAGCUGGCACACCUCGAUCGGUAGGGUGGAUAACGCGGACGAGAAAGCGUACGAUGGACAUCGCAAUGGAUCGAAGCGGAACGGAUGCCGGUGUUGCCACUAUUGGCUCACUGUUUCAGCACAUCGUCAACGAGAUGAAGAACUCGAGCCCGCUGUGGGAAGACUUCAUUGCCAAAGCAACAAAGCUACAUGCAUGUCUAAGGGCUGCAAUUCAAGCGUUGGCGGCCUAUUUGGAUGCAUUCCAAAAAAUUGCCGAUGCCGCCACCAACUCUCGAGGAGCCACCAAAGAAAUUGGAACGGCACUAACACGAGUCUGCCUUCGGCAUAAGGCGGUCGAAAGCCGGAUGAAAACAUUCACCACCGCCAUCAUGGAUUGUCUGGUGGUGCCGCUGCAGGAGAAACUGGAAGACUGGAAGAAACAAGUGAACAUUAUCGAUAAAGACCAUGCCAAAGAAUAUAAGCGUUGCCGGGCGGAGCUGAAGAAGCGCUCGAGCGACACGCUCCGGCUGCAGAAGAAGGCAAAGAAGGGCGCCGCCGAUAAUCUGCAUGUGCUGGUCGAGUCCUCGAUGCUGGACGUGACGCAGCGGCGCUGCGAGCUGGAGGAGGUCGAGCGAAAGUCACUGCGGGCGAUCAUGGUCGAGGAGCGGCUCCGAUACUGCACCUUCGUCAACAUGCUGCAACCGGUGGUACACGAGGAGUGUGAGGUCAUGUCCGAGCUCGGUCACCUACAGGAAGCCAUGCAGCUGAUAGCGAUCGUCACGAAGGAUCCCGCCCAGCUCCCGCAAGCAUCGGAGGAGUUGAUCCUCGAGUCGAAGGCCAACAUUAGCCUUUAUCCAGAUUCGCCCGGUGGUUCCAACUCGCAGGGUGGCUGCUCGAACUCGCUCGGUUCACGCAAGAGCUCCGUCUGCUCGAUCAGCUCGAUUAACAGUAGCAGCAGUGGAUCCCCGGGCCAUCAUCAGUUCCAGCGAUCGCUAUCACAGUACUCCCCGGCGAUACGUUUGAAACCAGGCGAAUCGAGCGAUAGCGGCUUUUGCUCUUCACCAGCUUUAACUUCACAGGCCUCCACCUUAGCUAGUCAAUCACAUGCGGUAUCAACGUGGCCACCGCACACACAGGAUGCAACGUCAACAGUCGACCGUCCGCACACAAUUUCGUCCGCUUACGAAAAGGGUCACCAGCGACCCGCCCUCACGGUGUACACCUUCCAAAGUCCGGAAACGAUCGCUGAGACGCAAAAAUCACCAGCUAACGUGGCCUGCAGGCCACCACUCCCAGUGCGUUGCUCCUCGCUGGAGAGACCACUCUCAACAACUUCCGUAAAGAAUGCCAACCCUAACGUGCCGCGUCAGUGUCCAUCUCCAAUUCCAGCGCACAUUACCAAAGAACACCCACAACUCCAGCCCACCUACGUCAAUAUGACGGAAUUGGCUUCGAUGGCUGCCUCUAAAACUACUAACAACAGCAACAAUGUUAACAACAACAACCACCACCAUACAGCAACCAGUGGCAACAAUGGCGGCAACACAUCCCAUAACGUGCAGCAAACGGUGACGACGACAUCGGCCACAUCGGUGACGCUGCAGUCCCAUUCGUCUCACGUCCUGUACCAGCAACAGCAACCGAAUUCGCCCGUGCUCUCCUCGGCUUCCUCGCUAAUAUCGCCCGAUUCGAAUGCGACGAACGCAAUCAGCUCACCGGACGUAUCGGCGUGCAGUACGCAAACGCCCCAGAAUACACCGCAGACGGGAUCACCCGGUACGCCGAACUACAGCAGUAUCGGGGGUGCAAUUAAUCUCGGAUUCCGCAGCACCACACCAUCGUCUACGGGCGGCGGCACGACGGCCGUCACACCAAGCGAAAGUAAUAUUGACACUUCCUCCAACCACACGAUCACGAUCGAUGACAACGAGGAGCAUUUUAACACCAGCACCUCCGCGUCCGCAAACAUAACAUCUGCCACCAUCAGCACUUCCGAUACUACCACCAUCACCACCACUACCACCGCAACUAGCUCUACUAACAAACCAUCUCCUCCCCAAUGUUCCACCGUCGGCACCGUCGCCUCCGCCGCCGCUAGCACGCCCAGCACCGCGGGCGGCGCUGGCACACCGACGAAAAGCGUACUCGAUAAGGACAAAGAUAUACUCAAACGUACCGGUUCAGUUCUAGAGAAAACGUCGAUGUUCGAGCAGCAGAUCAACAACAACCAGCUGCACCAGCCGCCACCGCCCCAGCAGCAGCUUAGCGUACCGACCUCACCUGCCGCCCUGUCGGCGCGCCACAACGACCCGAACGCACUGUACGGGCGACGGACGAACGAAGAAAUCUACAAAUCCGCCGGUCAAUUGCUGCUGGAUCGCGAUGCAGACUGCAUCGACAAGCAAACGAUCGAAGAACUAAACAAUCUGAUUGGUGAAUUAGAUCUCUUUCAACGAGAGCACGAAAGCGCCCUGCUAGCUCAGCAGCAGCACCAUCCACACCAUCCACAGCACGCACGGCAUCGGUUUUCGAACGGUGUCGCUUCCGAUGGGGGGACAACCGAUACCGACACGAUCUUAGCGAACGGCGUAAAUAACAACCACGGUGGUGGCGGUUUGAUGUCCCGCAACGAAGCUGGCAACCGUAACGGUGGCCUGCUGGAUGCCGAGGACGGUCUGGAACAGCCGACCAGCACCGGUCGGUUACCGUCGUCGAUCUCCUCCAGCAACAGCAAUUUGGAUGAAUAUCUGAGCAACCAUCAGGCGGGUUCGGUCGACGAGACGAACGGGUCGAUGACGAAUCUGGCGGCAAAGUACAGUAACCACAGCAUUGUGACGGAUGGAAAUGAUUAUCCCAGCGCCGGCCACUACCACCGGACGUCGUACGCCCAACCACCACACGGGCAUUCCAUGUCGCUCGCGCUGGGCUCUUCCGCCGGUGGUUCCACCCAAGGGCUGGAUGGCAUUGCGACCGGGUUCGAGAAUCCCUCGUUCAUGAUGGAGAACUACUACAGCCAGAACCGCAGCGAGGUGGUUGUGCUGCGGUGCAAAGACACUAGCCGUAAUAGUCUGAACAAUGCGCCGGACGAUCUGCUUACCGGCAGCGGGCUGAUGCAGCUCAACGGUACACCGGUGGACAAUGGGCACCAGCAUCAGCAGCAGCGAUUAAGCUCGUUCCGUGUGACCACCUCGCGACCCGCCUCUCCCGCCUCCAUGACGUCCUUCUUUGGCAUUAGCUCCCGCUCGCCAACCCCAUCCCUUUCGCUACCGGUCACGGCAAACUCGUCGCCGCAGCAUCAUGCCCACACCGGCAAUAGUAACGGGGGCGGUGACGUGAAUGACCCUUCGCUCGGGCCCACUCACGCCAGCUCUGGCCACACCCCGGCACCACCGUACGACGAUCGUAUCAAUCGCAAUAAACCCGCCAUCACCCCGAGACCUGCAUCGUUAUCUGGACCAACCCGGGUCACUCGACGUGCGUCUGUUAAUACCGUGAAACCACCACCGCCCGUGCGGCGCAGCUCAAGCGUAACGCCUAGUCCUAGCGUAGGAACUAAUUCCACCACCAACACCACAAAUCUUGCCCAGCAAAGCCUAGCUUACACCUCAUCAGAAAGUUUACCACCACCACCUGCUUAUCUGUUAGAUUCGGCCGCCGGAAGUUCACCUAGUAUUUCAGGAAAUGUUGCGGGCACGGUAAAGGCUCUGAAUGAAAUAAGGCACACACCGGCCAGUCCGGGCGUGCUGCGAAGGGCUCAACAGCAAAGCAAUCCGCCCUCCAAUCAAGGAUCACCUACGCAAUACACCAAUCUGUACGGUACAUUACCCUCCACCAAGCAUGGUCACGAACAUAGCAAUGUCACAACAUCAUCAUCGUCUGCUGCUGCGCCGACGACGCAGCAAUCACACUAUCCUUCAUCUCAACUCCAUCACCCUAGCACACCAAACUCAUUCCAUGCAACUGAUAGUAACAAGCCGCUAUCGAAUCGAUCUCCGAAAACGAAUCUCCACCAACAAGGAGGAAUAUACGCACAACCGAAACAACUCUCGACUAUGUCCAGUUUCCGUACCUCAAGUCCUGGUCCCCAGAAGCCAAAUAGUAGCUUCCUUGCACAAUUAAAUGCCAAGAUAGCACCCAACAAACCAUCUCAGUCACCGUCACCUGUGCCCUAUCAACACCAGCAACAGCAGGCAAACAACUAUGGUUACACGACCGCACCAUCGGGUGGCAAUGAGUUGAUCUACCAACGGUCUACCCCGGUUGAUCCACGAGCGUACAACAAUAAUCAACAACACUUGCAACAACAACAGCAGCAGCAGCUACAGCAGCAACAAUACUACCAAUCACAGCAACAGCAACCUCCUCCACAUCCACCACGAGAGGGUAAACAUUCAAUCUAUUCCGCCUCUAAUCAAACCACUUCACAGCAACACUACCAGCAGCAACAGCAGCAGUACUAUCAGAAUCAGUAUCCAUCGCAGCAGCAGCAGCAGCAGCAAACACACCAACAGCUGCAAUAUCAGCAGCAACCGCAAUCCUCGCCAUAUUAUUAUCACCAGCAACAGCAGCAACAAGCGGCCCAUAAACAGCCACAGUACGGUCACGUGUUGCCGCCCACUGGGGCUGCCAGUAGUGGUAGUAGUAGCAGCGGUGGUGGCGCUGGAAGCACCAGCUACCCAACGCAAAACAUUUACGUCUCGACGAAUCCAUUCGUCAGUUCCGUCCAAACGUCGGCUGGUGGUGGUGGCGGUGUUGCUCCAGUCGGUAGUUAUUCACCUUCGUCCUUUGGUAAAGGCACCCGGCAUCACGACGAUGUGGUCAGUGGGGGUGGUGGUAGUGGCAGUAGUACCCCAAACCGGACAAAUCAUCACAGCCGUAAUAGUUCAGCAAACAAUAAUGGUGCCGCUGGCGGUGGACCUGCGCCAUCCGGUGGGUCGCACAAUGUGCUCGCCAAAACUAGUGCCGGAUUUCUAGAAAACCUUAACGCACGUCUCGCCGAACAGCGGCUCUCGGGCAAAGCAUUCGCCGUUCGGAAUCUUAUCAACAGUAAAGCUCUGCCGGAUCCCCGUGUCUGUCACGAAUCGCUCAUGGAUCAAAUCAAGCGUGGCGCAACGCUCAAACGCAACCGUACGAUCAACGAUCGUAGCGCACCGAAAAUCCAUUAGAUUUCUGCCACGCAUGCACUCGCGCUCACACACGACGCUUUUCGUCCCGUCUGUUCACCGAAGGCACACUCAGCUCCGCUUUAGCCAACACCAGUAAAACCCACCUAAAGGAUAAGUGUAUACAGAUGCGAGCGGCGGGCUGCGCCAUUCUGUAAGCGCACUGAAAUGUAUGAACCAAACGUUCCUCACAUCGUUCCGCGGCAGUGCGUGUGAAGUAAAAGGAGUAAGGAUAUUGGUUAUGCGAAAGGGACUCACUCGCUCUAUACGUAACUAACGCCAUCGAGAACGCGGCGAGCUCCCAAUGAAUGAAAUGUAAAGUUAACCGUCACUAAUGCGUGUAUAAGAAGCUACUGAAAUGAAUGUAACCCAAUAGGCUGAAGAAGAUGCAUAUCGUCUAAGGCGAGAUCGAUUCGUCACAUAAUAUCUGUCCCCGUUGGAAGGGAAAUGUACCUUUAAAAGAAGAUUAAGGUAUUUAUGCUUGAGUUACUUGCUUGUUUGUGGUGGAAUUCUUUUUUGAAAGGAAUUUGGUAAACAAAGCUAAUUUUUUGUUGGUACACACCUUAGCGAGCUGAAUGUUGGAGUAAAUCGUUAAUGGCAAUAUACAUGGCCAAUAUACAUGGCGGAAUGCAUAUGUUUGGUGUCGGAAACUGUGCUAUAAUGAAAUAGCAACUGUAAUUGAUCCCUUGCGAUAGGAAUUCGAUUUUUUUUUUGUGAGAUGUUUGAGAGAACGUUCGUUUUGCUUCGGGAAGGGAAAAGGCUAACAAAAUAUCAAAACAACUCCAACUUCAUGAUUAUUAAUUAUAUCGAUGUAACGUUCACGAUUUAAAAUACAGUUUAGAUAUUUUCUUACCGCUGUUGCGUCUAUUUCCAAAAAUAUAUCAGCUAUUCAAACUUAGUUUUUCAAAUAACAAACAAAAAAAAGAAGAAAAGUGAAUUCGGAGAAGAACAAUUUCAAUUAUGAACUCGAAUACCAGCGUAUUAAAUGUAAGCGAAUGAGUAGCGGAAUAAAACAUAAUUUCCAAACUCCACAACCAAACAAUCGAAAGCAAACGGAGAAAACGCGCUGUGAGAACAUAUAACAUGGAGCAGACACAAAACUUUAGUGACCGAAAAUAAGGGAAGUUCAGAAAUAAUGUCUUUUUAUAAGUGUGGGAAGCGCACACAUAUGAUAUCAAUUGAAAAAAAACAAAACUUUAUCGGCGUCGUAAGCAAAAUCUUCGAUGUGUUUGAUAUAUCAGUGCGAAAUGGAAGAUCAAAAGGAAAAGCAACAAAACGCCGAAAGACUUAUUACCUGUAAUGCAAGUUACUUCUGGUUGAAUUAUAAAAUUCCAAGCCUUACAACUAACAUACCAUACCACACAUACAUACAUAAACGUUCGCGCCAGCAUAUUUUGAAACAAAAUGGAAAAUUCCCUUGAAAGGGCGACAAUAGUAAAAGAAAGAAUAUCAAAACUAGCUACCACCCCACAGUUAGCAGUAGCGCAUCUACUAACGGACGGGGGUGUUUUUUAGGAGCGAGGUAACCAAUUCGUCCAACCACAGCCAAUUAUCAGGAGUUACGUGUGUAGUGGGGUCUCUAUUCAGACUUGUUGUUCGAAGACUAGCAGCGCCAGUAGUAGCAGCAUUAACACAGUGACACAGCAGUAACCGUUCACUCUAUCUCACAGUAUCAUUGCUUGUUUUAGUACGGUUUUAAUCCACUUCAGUCUCAUAAAUGUUACAACAAUCUUUAAGCGUAGCAAAUGGAAUGCUCAACGCAAGUAGUGCAUACAAUCCACUUACCCCCCAACAACAAUGUCACAAGACACCAACGGUAAAGACUGACACAGGUCGGAACUACACGAAAUAUCUCUUUUAUUGAUGUGUCUUGUUAGGAGAUAGAAGUCCGAUAGGGGCAGACAAAUGCGCGAGUUUACGCGUGAAGCGAAGAGACGUAUUCGCUCUGUUUCUCUCUGCCCAGUUCAAACGAUCACAGUACACUAAAAACGAACCCUUUUUUGGGGGGUGUGGCGAAGGAAAGAGGGAAACCCCGACAAUGAUGCGUCAGGGCGUUGUAGGCGACGCCUAGCAUACAAUAGCGUAACAUAAUGUUCAGUUAAGUGUUCGCGUUCCUACCAGCUCCGGCGGAAUAUGCCGUGAAGCUUUGCAGGGCCCAAUCGUAGAAUCGAUCGCCGGAUCGUAAGGUUAUAAAGCACAAUCGACUUCUUUUAGCAGACCACCAGUCUUCCACCAAAGAUCAGUGACGCAUGGAAGUAGACGCGUGAGUGUGUGCGCAUAAAACCAGCACAGAUGUGUACCGUAAACCAAACUUUAGAACAGAGGCUAUCUUUAUUAGGUCCCGUUUUGCUAUUUGUUCCAUAUUUAUUUUCAACUAUUGUUUUACUUUUCUUUACCUUAGUUUAUGCUUCAAUUUCAUUACAUGAAACGUAUGUAAUGCCUAGUGUUUCUCCAUUUUUUUUUGUUUCAUAUUUUCUUUCCUAUCGGAUUUAAUUUAUUUACACAUCUGCAAACUUUGCUUUCUAUUUAAAAUCGUUAAGGUGUUUUCCUUUUUUCUUGUUAAACCUGUAAUUUUUGCUUCAAUUAAAGUAGCAUAUUUAUUUGCAUUUUGAUUUUGUUUUUACUUGUUCUUAUGACUACUUGAAAUCAAGUUAGGUAUAAGCUUUCCUCCCCUUUUUUUUCUUUUUGUUUGUUAACCAUUUUUUGUACAUAAUGGACGUGUGUAUAUUAUUGAUCGACUAUCGGCAAUCGUUCACCUUUUGGCUAUAGUUGUGUGACCGGUUUACGGAUUGCGUACCCCGGGAAACAGUGAAACAGUGGCGAUUUCUUUUAAAUUGUGCUAAAUCAAAAUCACGUUCGAUAAUUAGUGUAAAAAAAAGCACAAAACAAAGCAUACAAAUUAACGCAUUCUAUUAACAAUAGCAACAGCAGUAACGUUGUGUCUCGAGCUAAUGGAUGUUAGCCUGGUAGGCACCACGGAUCGUAACAAUAAAGGAAAACGUAGAGAAAAAAACGCGCAUUAAGUGUGUAUGAAGGUGGAAACAGUUUCAACACCAUGUGUAAAGGAAAAGUGACACAAAGUGAUGCUGUCUCGAAGUGAAACACAAUAACUAGCUCCUAGCAAAGAAGUAUGGGAACGAUAACUAAGCGAACAUAAUUAUUUAAAAGUAAAACCAACCAUAUUAACUUAUGCGACAAGCUCUAAACCCUAAACUAACCAAAACGAAAAGAAAGUUAAAAUGGCGCCGAAUGGAAAAACAGUGGAAGACGAGGGGAUGUGUAUUGUGGGAUAAAAUCACAUUGAAGAAAAUAAACAAAAAAAAAACACUUUAACCGUUAUACUAAAAGUCGACACAUAAGUGAUGUGAGGAUUCGUCUACAAUAAAAUCCCUGCCCGCCCGCAGCACUAUUCGGGUGGGACGGGUGGAAAAAUGCAAACCCUACAAAAAGAAAAGGCAACAAAAACUGCAUAUAUACAUAUUAUUUUUAUACACGAAAAAUUAGCAAACCAACAAGUGAUCUGAAUAUGGAAGCGAUCAAGCAGUGAAGAACAGGGCUCGUAUUGCCACAAAAGCGUGCGGAUAAAGGGUCACACGCAGCAUUAGCUCUAGUUAUACAUUAUAUAUACACACACACACACAACACACAUUAUACAUAUUAUGUAUACAUAGGGGCAUACUGGUCAACAGAGCAGAAAUUUCGUAGAUGUUACUAUACUUGUAAUAGAAAGCGCUACAGGCACCACUGCUUAUAUGGAGCAACGCAAGUAAGGGAAAAGGAUCAUGCGAUAACGAUACUAUUGCCUGCAUGUUAUAGCACCCCUACCGUCGCGUAGGGUGGAAUGUAUGUCUGUGUGUGUGUGUGUGUGUAUGAAUCUCAGCGAGAGGAGUGUGGGAAAAACCAUUGAACGUGUCCAGGCAUUACGGUGUAUGGAAAUUAAAACAACUAUUAAGGACAUAUGUUCAUCCAUUUGAAUUCGAUUGUCGAAAACAAGAAAGUAAGUAAUAUUAAAAACACACACACACACACAAACAAAAACAAACUACUGUAUCAUUGUACACUGAAAUAAAGAGGAAGAAAACCA